AUGAAGACUGGUCAAAGUGAAGAUGCAGACGAGGAGGACGUGGAUAUCCUCGAAGAUGAGAUAGCGACAACCGUCGAGCGCAUUGUAGAGCUAAAGGCGGAACUGAGUGCUCGCUCGUCCAGUCUCGUCGCGACCACGCCUAUCCUGUCCCGGCCAGGCUCUGUCAUCAGCGGCUCUGAUCGCCCCUCGAUACCACCCAAACCUCCACAUCCUCCACCCAAAGAAGCUCCAACGCCCACUGCCAAUGGUGCGACAAAGUCCAUAACGAAUUUGGAUCAAUGGAACGCCGAUCCGGUCAGCAAAAACCCGCAGAGCGAUGAUUCGAUAGAGCAUGCUUUGACUUCAGGCCCUUUUACGGUGAGCCGACAGUCGAGCUCGAAUGCGAUAGUCGGUCCUUCCCGACUGGGUCAAUCAAGAGAGGUAACUCCGCCCAAUCCGCAGCCCGAGGACAUCGACAUGGAGGAAGAAGAGGAGAAUUGGGACCAAUAUUACGAUGAGGUGAUCGUACCCCAGUCAUCACCCGAACGCCCUCUUGCCGCUACAAGGCAUGCUGGGGUUCCGGCGCAUACGUCGGAGCUUCCUUCAGACUUUCAAGAUAUCCCCUAUAAAGAAAUCUUCUCCUCACAAGGCUCUCCAUACAGAGCUAGUGAAGCUCUUCCAAUUCCUAUCGACUCUUCGCCUCCCCGGGCUAUCCAGCCUCCCCCGCGGUCAUCGAGUUCCAAGACUCGAGAUCUCUCCACGACUGCGAACGGGAAGGAGAGGGUUGUCCAUCUGGAGGAGCAGUAUCCGUGGUCCCACGAAGUACGGCAAAAGUUGAGACACAACUUUCGUCUGCCGGGUUUCAGGAAACAUCAGCUGGAAGCUAUCAAUGAGACCAUGGCGGGGAGAGAUGUUUUUGUACUCAUGCCUACCGGUGGUGGCAAAAGUCUGACUUAUCAACUUCCUGCUAUCUGCGAUGGCGGCAAAACCGAAGGUGUCACUUUCGUCAUCUCUCCCCUGAUCUCUUUAAUCACCGACCAAGUCGGCAGUCUCAUCGAAAGGGAGAUCCCUGCCAUCGCCUACACGAGUGACCUCAGUCAGGCAGAUAAAAAUUUGGCCCAUCAGGAACUUUCGCGCAGAAAACCGUCUGUCAGAGUGGUCUACGUUACGCCUGAAAUGAUGUCCAUGGGCGGGCGUAUCAAGUCCAUCCUGAAAGGACUCGAGCAGAGAAACAAAUUGGCGAGAUUCGUGGUCGAUGAGGCUCACUGUGUCAGUCAAUGGGGUCAUGAUUUCCGGGCAGACUAUCUGAAGCUCGGUCUCAUCCGAAAAGAGUAUCCCAAUAUCCCAAUCAUGGCCUUGACGGCGACUGCGCAGGGAAAGGUGGUAGAAGACAUCAUCCUCACGCUCGGCAUCCAAAAAUGCGUCCGACUGCAGCAGUCCUUCAACCGGCCUAAUCUUCAGUACGAAGUCCGCCCUAAAAAGAGUGGUACUAUCCUCAAGGAUAUCGUCAAUUUCAUCGGCGCCCAUGGAGCGGGCGAGAGCGGUAUCAUUUACUGCAACUCGAGAGACACUUGUGAGAAUGUGGCCAAGCAGUUGAGGGAAGAGUACAACGUGGGAGCCCAUCAUUAUCACGCCGGAAUGAGCAAGUCCGAUAGGAGGAUGAGGCAGGAGGGGUGGCAAGCUCACGAAUUCGAGGUCAUUGUCGCAACUGUCGCUUUUGGCAUGGGUAUCGACAAGCCUGAUGUGCGAUAUGUCAUACAUCACUCUCUGCCAAGGUCACUUGAAGGUUAUUAUCAGGAGACUGGUCGAGCUGGGCGAGAUGGGAAUCCAUCAACUUGCGUUCUUUAUUUCAUGUUUGCAGACGGUAAAAAGAUCAUCAACCAAAUCGAGUCCAACAAAGAGCUAUCUUUUGAACAACGGCAGCGCCAAAAAGAUAGCGAAAACGAAGUUCUCCGUUACUGCGACAACAUGGUCGACUGUCGACGUGCUCAAGUGCUUGCCUUCUUCAACGAGGUGUUUGAUCCGGCCGAAUGUCACAAGGGCUGUGAUAACUGCGCGAAUCGGGACAAGUAUGAGAUCAAGGAAGAAGAUGUGACGGAGGAUGCCGUCAAUAUCCUCAAAAUGAUCGACAGCUUGAAAACGAACUCCAGGAUUACCAUUGUCAACGCUGCCGAGGCUUUCCGAGGCCGCAGGAGUAAUCCCGACAAGGGCCUCGCCAAUAAUGCGUAUUUUGGGAAAGGCGCGGACUGGGAAAAGCACGAGUCGGAGAGACUUGUGCAGCGGUUGAUGAUAGAGAACGCAUUGGAAGAGUUCAAUGUGCUCGGUCCGGCUGGCUUCAAUCUUGGCUACUUGAGGAUUGGUCCAAAGGCGAAUGAUUACCUCAAGCGCGGUAAACGAUUUCUCAUGGCAUUCGGCAAGAUGCCAAUUACUGCAGCCCUUCAGAACGCUAAAGACAAGCAAAAACAACAAAACAAGAAACAGCUUGCCCUUCAGCGUUCAAAUAACAAUCCCAUCGAGCGCAAACGAUCUGCGCAACGCAUUCAGGCACAAACGGACGAAUUUGACAACUCUGACUGGGGCGAUUCACAUGACAAGCCGAAGGAGGAAGAUGAUGGCGAGUCCCAGGACGAUCCUAUCGAGGGCAGCGGAGAGGACACGGAGGUCGAUGAUGAUGUGCCGCUGAAACUGUCCAAGAAGAGAAAGUCUAUGGACCCUCCUGCCGCGGUCAAGAAAAGAGCCACGGCCAAAAGUACGGCAAAGAAGAAUGGCGCGGGUGAGGAGUCGCUACAGUCGCAAUGUUUCAUGGCGUUGGAGAAGCUGCGUGAUACCGCACUGGCCCUUGAUACCGAUGCUAGUCUUUUGACCGACGAGAUGCUGCAGAUGAUUGCCACCAUGAUGCCCUCAAACGGUAAAGCACUCAUGGAGAUUGAGGGUAUGACCUCGCAGCUCGCAAAGAAAUACACGACCAAGAUCUUGGGCAUCUGCAUUAAAUACAAGCCCGACGACCAGAAACCAGAUGUUCUAUCGUCUGAACCCUCCAAGUCGAAAUCAUCAAAAUCCAGGUGA